GUACACCCCACAACGUUAUUUUCCACCACAGCCUAUAGCAUAUGGCGGCUACUGAAAAUGUAAAGGGUAGCCCAUGCCCUUUCAGAAAGCGCCUCUCAGCCUGAAUCGACCCUUUUAGCAGGGCAAAACCUGUAAUACCAAUCCCUCCUCCUUCCCUUUUUGAUACAUGCUGGCACGGAGACUAGGCACUACAGUGCUCACGUGAGUCGGCUAUUUCCCUAUUGGGACUGUGUGCGACCACAGUUUGCACUACGGUUAGUCAUCAGCUCUUGGCUCCGACACGACCUCAUCGAGAAACGUCGGAUUCUCGUAUAACUGGGCCGCCACACCUCUUCUCCUUACCUCUUUCACACUCCCAACCAAAGAAAAUGUCCCCUGUUAUCGCUUGUGACUUAGAGGCGAACCGGGUCGAGGAAUUGGAGCGAUUGCUCACAGAAGUGAAGGAGAAAGUGGUCAAAUAUGUAGCCUCCGCUGCGCAGCCAGGCGCCUCCAUUGGCCCCCGUUUGACCCCCCAGGAAGUCACCGAAGGACUCAACCUCCAGCUUUCUGCCACCGGAUCGGGCGAGGAAGGUCUCCUCGCGACGUUCGACGAUGUUUUGCAGUACUCCGUUAAUACGUGGCACCCGGGCUUCUUGGACAAGCUCUAUGCGUCCACAAACCCGGUCGGCGUGGUCAGCGACUUGUUGUUGAGCGUGUUGAACACCAAUUCGCACGUGUUUACUGUUUCGCCCGCGCUUUCCGUGAUUGAGAGGCGUAUUGGCAGGGAGUAUGCGAACAUGUUUGGCUACACGGGUGCCCACGCGGGCGGGUUAACCUUUAGCGGUGGGUCCUACUCCAACAUCACGUCGUUGCAGGUUGCCAGAUCUAUUUUGUAUCCUGAGACCAAAGCGCGGGGGAACUACUUGCGUUUCGCGACGUUUGCCUCCAAGCACGCCCACUACUCCAUAGAAAAGAGCGCCAUACUCCUUGGCAUGGGCUCCGAUGGGCUUUUCAGGGUGAACGUUGCGGAUGACGGGACAAUGGACGUUGUCGACUUGGAAGCGCAAAUCUUGCGCGCGCGUGCGCAAGGCUUUACUCCUUUGUACGUGAAUGCCACUGCCGGGACCACCGUCUAUGGCUCCUUCGACCCCUUCCGCGAAAUUUCUGCCGUCGCGAAGAAGCACGGCCUCUGGUUCCAUGUGGACGGCUCCUGGGGCGCUAACGUGGUGUUUUCCGAGACGCACCGCCACAAGGUAGCAGGCAUCGAGCUUGCGGAUUCCAUCACCACCAACCCCCACAAGAUGCUCGGGGUGCCAACCACAUGCUCCUUCUUGUUGCUCCCAGACGAGCACGUGUUCCAGACGGCGAACUCGUUGGACGCGCCGUACUUGUUCCAUAACGCGGAGGGCGGGGAUAACUACGACCUCGCCGACGGCACCAUGGGCUGUGGCAGACGUGCCGAUAGUUUGAAGUUGUUUUUAGCGUGGCAGUACUUCGGGACGCGUGGCUUCGCCGCGCGCAUCGACCACGCGUUCGCGAUCACCGCAUACUUCAGCCACAAAAUCGCCCAGACUGCAGGCUUCCGCUUGGUCAGCAGCGCACCACCGCCAUGCUUCCAGGUCUGUUUUUACUACCAACACGAUGCGCAGUUUGAUGACGGCGAACGUAAUACCCGUGCAACACGCUUCAUCGCCAAACGCUUGCACGCGACGGGCCAGUUCUUGGUGGAUUACGCCCCGAACCCAGGCUCCGCUGACGGUGAAUUCUUCCGGGUAGUCUUCAACAGUCCGGUUGUCACCAGUGAUACAUGCGACCAGUUGAUCGCCGCCAUUGAGGCUGCGGGGAGAGUGGUCCAGAACGAUCUGGAGUAGAUACAAAUAUAUAAAUGGGGGGGGGGGGGAGGGCGAUACC